CUGUGAGGAACCAUUGGAGGGAGCGAUAGGGGUUAACGCUUUGCCUGGUUACCACGUCCAGUCUAGGCUGUUAAAUCCCACAGCCGUCUGGGGACUCCCUUCCCCCUCUUCCAGCUUCCGAUGGAGCCCCCCUCACUCGUGUCUGCUGCCGGCUGAGGGAGGAACCAGACUCACUCUCAAGGGUCACUAUAAAAAGUCAAUCACAGCUGCGGCUCCGCCAGACGGCCGCGCUCCACACGUGUGAGAUACCAGGACGCAAAUACAGGGAUGGAGAGAGCAGGAGGCAGCAGCCGAUCCUAGGGGACAGGUGGAGAGCGUCUACAGGAGGACAUCAUCUUCCAGCCUCCGCUGCCCUCGGCCUCGCCAUGUCUUUCGCAAUGCUCCGCCAUGCCCCUCCUGCCCGGUUCCUCUACCCGGACAUUAGUAUGCUUUCCGAUGACGAGGACAGCGGCAGUGACAGCUCGGGCUGCGGUGACAAAGGCUUCCAUCGCUCAGGUAGCGGCGGUAAAAGGUCAGAUAAAAAGUUUCCACGAGAACCACGUCAACGACAUACGGCCAAUGCCCGCGAGAGGGACCGAACCAACAGCGUCAACAACGCCUUCACAGCCCUGCGCACGCUCAUCCCUACGGAGCCUGCGGACCGCAAACUCUCCAAAAUAGAGACUCUACGUCUGGCGUCCAGCUAUAUCUCACAUCUUGGGAAUGUACUACUACUGGGAGACACCUGUGGAGAUGGACAACCCUGUCACACGAGUGCCCCAUACUACCAGCAUCACCCAACCACUGCCAGCCCCAAACACAGGGACCAUGAGCAAGGACAACCCAAACAGAUCUGCACCUUCUGCCUCAGCAACCAACGCAAGAUGGGAAAAGAUCGAGAAAGGAAGACAACCAUCAGAACCUAAUGAAGGCUGCGGGGGAGCCCCGACUCCCACCCACAACCCUUAUACCACACAAGGGGCCGACACAUCCAAAAACCAAGGGGGGGACACGCACCCCCAAAGCUAGCAGAGACCGAGCCUCCUGUAUGGGGUCACCUUCCCUUCUCCGCACCUGUGGGGGUCACAGAGCGACCUGCCACAACUAUACAGGUCCACGUACAUUAACAGUGGUCACCCCAAAGGUCUCAUCCCUGCCCCCCAGAUGAGGGGGUCACUGAAGAACCCGGGGGGCUCCGGCCUCUACUAGGUCAUGUGGAAGAGUCACCAUCUACGGGGAUCAUCCCAGAAGUCUCAUCCACCCCCCUGAUGAGGGGUCACUGAAGAACCCAGGGGGGGCUCCAGACCCUACCAUGUGAUGUGGGGGAGUCACCAUCUACAGGGAUGCUACAAGAAGUCUCAUCCACCCCCCUGAUGAGGGGGUAACUGAAGAACCCGGGGGGCUCCAGACCCUACCAUGUGAUGUGGGGGAGUCAGUGGUCACCACGGAAGUCAUCUGACCUUUUCAGAUGAGAUGAACACUGAAGGACUCGGGGGCAUCCAUGGUGAACCCCCCCAGAAGUCUCAUCCACCCCCAUGAGGGGGGACACUUAAGGACCCGGGGGGCCGAGACCCCCACUAUGUGAUGUGGACUGAAGACUCCAUGUGUAUCUGUCAUGUCA